AUGUUAGAAAAUGAACCUCUGUCUUUGUGUGUCCGUUCUAGGCCAGAGAAGCUGGAGCUGGGUUUGGUGAUGAGUAUGGACCAGGUAACUCAGAUGAUCCCCUCAGCUCUGUUCUCCUCGAACCUGUAUGCAGACAGCCACCAAGGUACACAUUACAAGUGUGAUCAUUACACUACUGCUCGAGAUCAAAAAUAUACACAGUACUGUAUGCUCAGCGAAAAGUAAAAGACUGCGCAGUCACACUGCGAUCUAUGCUCCUAUGUUGUACGACAUACAGUGAGGGGAAAAAACGUAUUUGAUCCCCUGCUGAUUUUGUACGUUUGCCCACUGACAAAGAAAUGAUCAGUCUAUAAUUUUAAUGGUAGGUUUAUUUGAACAGUGAUAGUCAGAAUAACAACAAAAAAAUCCAGAAAAAUGCAUGUCAGAAAUGUUAUAAAUUGAUUUGCAUUUUAAUGAGGGAAGUAAGUAUUUGACCCCCUCUCAAUCAGAAAGAUUUCUGGCUCCCAGGUGUCUUUUAUACAGGUAACAAGCUGAGAUUAGGAGCACACUCUUAAAGGGAGUGCUCCUAAUCUCAUCUUGUUACCUGUAUAAAAGACACCUGUCCACAGAAGCAAUCAAUCAAUCAGAUUCCAAACUCUCCACCAUGGCCAAGACCAAAGAGCUCUCCAAGGAUGUCAGGGACAAGAUUGUAGACCUACACAAGGCUGGAAUGGGCUACAAGACCAUCGCCAAGCAGCUUGGUGAGAAGGUGACAACAGUUGGUGCGAUUAUUCGCAAAUGGAAGAAACACAAAAUAACUGUCAAUCUCCCUCGGCCUGGGGCUCCAUGCAAGAUCUCACCAUCCCCACCGUCAAACAUGGAUGGAGGUGGAAACAUUAUGCUUUGGGGGUGUUUUUCUGCUAAGAGGACAGGACAACUUCACCGCAUCAAAGGGACGAUGGACGGGGCCAUGUACCGUCAAAUCUUGGGUGAGAACCUCCUUCCCUCAGCCAGGGCAUUGAAAAUGGGUCGUGGAUGGGUAUUCCAGCAUGACAAUGACCCAAAACACACGCCCAAGGCAACAAAGGAGUGGCUCAAGAAGAAGCACAUUAAGGUCCUGGAGUGGCCUAGCCAGUCUCCAGACCUUAAUCCCAUAAAAACAUCUGUGGAGGGAGCUGAAGGUUCGAGUUGCCAAACAUCAGGCUCGAAACCUUAAUGACUUGGAGAAGAUCUGCAAAGAGGAGUGGGACAAAAUCCCUCGUGAGAUGUGUGCAAACCUGGUGGCCAACUACAAGAAACGUCUGACCUCUGUGAUUGCCAACAAGGGUUUUGCCACCAAGUACUAAGUCAUGUUUUGCAGAGGGGUCAAAUACUUAUUUCCCUCAUUAAAAUGCAAAUCAAUUGAUAACAUUUUUGACAUGCGUUUUUCUGGAUUUUUUUGUUGUUAUUCUGUCUCACUGUUCAAAUAAACCUACCAUUAAAAUGAUAGACUGAUCAUUUCUUUGUCAGUGAGCAAACGUACAAAAUCAGCAGGGGAUCAAAUACUUUUUUUCCCUCACUGUAGGUACCUGUUGUCAUUCUCAGUUGCUGACUACACUGGCCAUGUGUGCACAUGUUGAUUUUUGUCUAUCUCCACCAGACGCGAUCAUGACACGCAUGUUAAAAUAUCAAAAUAAAUUAUGUUAAUUUCUGGGCAGGUCGAAACACACAUGAAACAUUCAUGGACAUUUAGCUAGCUAGCUGUUGCUAGCUAGUUUGCCCUGGGAGAUUAACAUUGGGUUGUUAUUUUACCUGACAUGCAAAUGGUCCUCUUUUUAGCUGGUUCUUUGUGGAAUUUUGACCCGGAGUCAUACAAACUCGUGUUUCUCUACUCCAACAAUUAAUCCAAUUAAAUUUCAUGUGUCUAUACUCAGCUGUUCCUGCCAUUUUCUUCAAUUUGAAGAAGACUCACUGAUACUCACAGGGCUUCUAACAUCUCUUCUGUAAUUACAUUUACAUUUUACAUUUUAGUCAUUUAGCAGACGCUCUUAUCCUGAGCGACUUACAGUUAGUGAAUACAUAUUUUUUUUAUACUGGCCCCCCCGUGGGAAACGAACCCACAACCCUGGCGUUGCAAACGCCAUGCUCUAUCAACUGAGCUACAUCCCUGCCGGCCAUUCCCUCCCCUACCUUGGACGACGCUGGGCCAAUUGUGCGCCGCCCAUGAGUCUCCCGGUCGCGGCCGGCGGCGACAGAGCCUGGAUACGAACCAGGAUCUCUAGUGGCACAGUUAGCACUGCGAUGCAGUGCCUCAGACCACUGCGCCACUCAGGAGUACGUAAUGUGUGUGGGUGUGUGUUUGUAUUGUAGUGUUGAAGAGUGGGACACACUGCAGCCUGCUGGAGGUGGUGGAUAAGAGCAAGUCGGGAGACAGUCUGGCAGCACUGCUUCAAGGCCUGGAGACACAGAGACUGGUAGGUCCAGGUCCAGCACAUCUUAAUUAGACCAACACUCCUCCUACUGGGAAUGCAGGCUUUUGCUCCAGCCCUGCUCUAACACCUCUUCUAUGUACAGGUUCUUGUCCACAUGUUGGCUGACAAAGGGUUCCUGUUCCUCCUCUCUUCAGUUCAGAUGGCCACUCCAACUGGUAAGUCAAAUCAUAGUGUAUAAUGUGGUGACACUUUACAUGAAGUUGUUCUAUGCCUGUGUUACGAACCCCGUGGCUCUAAACGUCUAGGGUGGAUGGACAUGAGACCCGUAACAUAAAAUAUGCAAAUUAGGAGUGUGGCAUGGAGCAGUGAGAACAAAUGUGACACAACAACCAUGAACUACCGUCAAACACAAAUGGUUUAUUUCAGAACACACGGUAAGGGUUUGGGAAAAAGGGCUGAGCAGGACCCAAGAAAUGAAACAAUAGUGUAAAACCCCCUAACCUGAUCUAGCCUGCCUGAAGAACCGCUAGGCUACUGCUAGUCAUACAAAAGUACAGUGGGUGGUCCGCUCAGGUCUAACUAGUGUUUUUAGACAGAUUUCUUCCUACGGGUAAUGUACGCCCAAGGGCAACUAGCUUAAACUCCCCUUUUCCCAGAAACACACAAAGCUACCAAACAGGGUAUUCAGCAAUUAAGUAGUACACAAUACACAGGACACCACAGUAUCCGCACUCACAUAACAAAACAGUAGUCUAACAGAAUUUACCAAUCAUAAUAAACAGCAACUUAGUGAGUAACCAAAAACAGGACACCACCGUGUCCAUACUCACAAACGGAAAUAUUCUCUCUCUCUCUCAACAAACACAAGACUGGUUUUUAUACAAUGGGCUGUGUGAUUGAACAAACGAGUAACAGGUGGUGCAAUGCACAGGAAUGUUCACUGAUUGGUCCAAUCAGCAGACACCUCAACGACCACCAAUCAGGAACAUACAGGACACCUGUGAUUAGGGCAGAAGGAGAGAAACACACAAAAACACAGGAUACCUGUAUCCGUAACAGCCUGUGUAGUAACUGUAAUAAGAUAGUGUUAACGUGUUACAUAGUCAUUCACUAAUUAUUUACUAACCUUUUUUUUAAUUAUUUUUUUUUAGAAAGAAGAGAUGGGUUGAAAAAGUGCCUUAAAGCACUAUUCGUUUUUCAAGAGUCCAGGGAUGUGGCAAAAUACAGUACAAGGUGUCCAGCUACUCAGGAGCCUUUGCAGACGUCCUCCCGUGACCCCGCCAUGCCCCAGCUGAACAGCUUUGUCCCGGCCCUGCAUCACGCCCUGGUCAAGGUGCGCUGCAACCCGCCCGCUGACCUCUCGGCCGGGGUCGAGCGCCAGGCCAGGGACUACCUCAGUGGACUCCACAAUGGAAAGGUAUAAAUGUGUGAUUGUAUGUGUUUUGACUAGUCAAACUUUUCACUAGAUUUUGACUAGCCAUAUGUGUAUGUUAUUGAUGUUUUGUGAUGUGUUGUAUGUUAUGUGGUGUUUUACUGUGUACCUUUUUGUGUGACAUGUAGCUUUUUUACUGUGUACCUUUUUGUGUGACAUGUAGCUUACUUCCAUGCAAGAAUACAGUAAAGUACUGUAUCAUCUCCUCUCUAGCUCCGCCACAUCCCCAUGACUGAAUACGACGCCAAGCUGGAUGACCGGGGGAAGCUGUUCCCAGCUCCCAAACACCACAAACUCAACAUGGAGGGCUACCUGCGCUCCUACGUCUACAACCCCAACCUCUACACCAUGCCUGUGGUCCGAGCCAAGGAGAUGGUAGAGAGUUACUGCACUGUGCCUGAUGACAACAGCCCUGUAAUGGACUGGGAGGGUAGUGGAGCCAGCGGUGACAAGCCAGUGGUAGGGUCGGAGGUAAAGACUUACGGUGCCACUGCUGCCCAGCCCCCGGUGGUCCAGGUCAACCACUCUCCCUGUCAAUCUCCCACUGUCGCCAACCCUCAGAAGGUGAAGGAGCUGAUUAACCUGAUACUGUGUCGGAGGAACGCAGAGGGGGACGUCCAGAAGAAGGGAUUGGCGCAGGGAGGACGAAAGCAGGGGGCAGGAGGGUUGGACCCCCGAGGACUGAAGAGGAAGCUGGAAAGGGAGACUGCAGAGAGGACUCUGAACUACCUGAAGAAGGCCUCACACGAGAGGGGCGGAAGGGACAGCAGAACAGGUAUGGAAGGCCUUGCUGAGGGUUGGGGCAUAAUUUUGGCCUUAGGUAUAAGUAGUGGAAACGAGUUUAAAUGAACUUGAAAUCCAGUCUUUCAGAUGUUAAAUCCAGUUCCUCAGAUGUGUUUCAUGGAUAAUUUGCUGGCUCACCUAGCAAAAGAGAUCCACAAAGUGUUUGGAAAUGAAUGCAGUAAAUGUAUUUUUAUCUCUCUUUUCUUUUCUCUCUUCCUCCCAGCAGCAGCUGCUGAAGAGGGCCAGAGCCCUUCUUGUCUGUCCUCUGUGAUGCUGCCGAGUGUUGGUCUGAGAGACGUGGACCUGAGGAGAGACCGCUCGGAGGCUGCUGUCAAGUUAUUAAAUAUGUUAACCAGCCUGAGUAACACAGCAAAACAAGGGAGCUCUGAGGGGAGAGGAGGAGGGUCAAGAGAGGGGACGGAGCAGACUAAAGUUCUGCUGUUUGAUAGGAUGAUCAAGCUGGGCCUGCCACCCAAUCAGGACAUUGACCUGAGGAAACGACCUUGUAGGGGCCUGCAGGACAAGGCUGACUACUUGGAGGUAAUAAGUCGAUACCUUUGUUUCCUAAACAUUUCCUCUGCUCAAGCCAUUCCACUUAAUUGAUCUAUUCUAGAACCAGUUCAAUGACUGUGAAAGUGUGAGUGCAAUAUGUGUACAUAACUUCGUAUUGUCCUGUCUCUCUCUCUCUCUGUGUGCGUGUGUGUGUGAGAGAGCAGACAGCAGGCAGCAUGAGCAGUCUGGAGGGCUUCAGCCCCAGUUCCAAUGGUGAAACGCCCAGAAGAUCACAGUCCCAAUAUCAGGGGGAAGAACAGAUACCAUGGGUCCUCAUCCCCAUCACAGGUAUGGACCAUCACUGCACAUACAGUAUAACUCGGGCCGGGCAAGAGUUUUUCCCGGUCAAGGCACGUAUCACGUAGUUAAAGCAAUAUGUCCCAAUGGUAUAUCCCCACAGGUAUGGACUAUCACAUAACACAUAGGCUGCAGUUUGACCCCUUUCCCAGUAGUGUGCACUAGUUCAGUGAAAUAUUUUGAAAUAAAUAUAUAUGCAUAUAUAUUUACAUUUCUGUGAGAAAAUCUGGCUGAUAUGUGAAACUAUUAUGAUAUUUACUAAUACCCUUUACUCCUGUGCAGGGCUGAAGUCAAAGAAGUACUGCCAGAGAGAGGAGAACAUCCCUCAGGACCCACGCUUGGUUCCCCAGAUCCCCAUGGCAAACAGCAGCCACCCCCCCUGUGUCCCGGAACGACGGGAAAGAAGCAUCAACCCUUUGUUAGAGGAGCUCCCACAGCAUAGCUUCAGUCCUCCCCUAGAGGAGUCAGAAGAGCACAGCCCCUACCCAAGCCCCUGCUCUAGCCCCGGUCCCAUGGAGGAUGAUGCGCAAUUAGCUGAAAACCCCUGUGACCCCACAGAAAUAUGCGACAACCAUAAGACGAGCACAGACAAGAAGACGAGCACAAACCAGAGCUUCCUUCAAAUCCCUGUUGCUCCAGAGAGCGCCAGGCUACUAGAGAAGUGCCGCAGCCCCUUACCUGAGUCAAAGCCAGCUGGAGAACCAACCCCUACUAUCCUUAGCCCUGUGGAGGCUGGGCAGGAACAGGCUGAAGGCAGCACAGGAAACGUUAUAUCUGGCGUGGUUGCUGAAGAUCCAAGCACAAUAGAUGUUGGACUAGAGGAGGAGGGGGAGGAAGGAGAAGUAGAGGAGGAAGCAAAAGAGCUGGAGGAGAUGGACGAUGUGAUUGAAGUGGUAGAUGAGGAGGAGGAAACGGAAGAUGAGGUGGAGGAAGAGAAGGUGGAGAAGGAGACCAUUAUAAAGCAGACAGAAGAGGUGUCACCACCCUCUCCUGACCUCAGUUCUCCUGAGCAGACUCCUGUCCAAAAUCCUCCUCCCGUCCAGAGGCCCGUGCUGAGCAGAGUGGACUGUGUCCUGGACCAGCAGUUCAGCGACUUCUCUACAGAGAUGCAGAUCCUCCUGCUCAGAGAGAGUGUCCACUACAGCUCCCUCCUGAUCCCGAGCCAGAGUCUUCCAGGCCAGUCCCCCAUCCUGCCCUUCUCUGAGUACGUCUCCUUCUACAACUCGUCCCCUCCUAUGCAGGCCUACGUCAGCUCCCUGAGAGACCGCAUGGGCACCGUCAUAGACACACAGGAGCAAUGGAUUCCUAGCAUGGUGGCCACUGACCCUCCCCUGGUCUUAUCUAACAAUAACCACCACCAUGCUAACCACGUUCAUAUAACUACAUACCAACGGGAACCCUUCUUCUCGUGGCCCUGUUUCUCACUCUGUCCCAAGCCCUCACCCUCCUUCCUUCCCUGUCUGCCCCUGGUCCUGCUAGUUUAA